UUUUCGUAUUUUCGUCUGCUGGUAAACAAUAAUAAACCAACAAGGCGGCGCAACAGGUGUGCGUCUUCAGAAAGCAUCUACUUUUUUUCUAAAAGAGCAACCGGUGACGAACUUGAUUUCCCAUCAAUCGAAUCCCAGAAACAAAACUGUUUUGGUGUUUGGACACCAAACCCUGAAAAUGGAAAGUGACAUUUUGAGUUCACUGAAAGGCGGUUAUCCUCACUUGACCGAGAAAAUUCUUAAUCUGCUGGAUGCUCGCAGUUUGGCAAAUGCUGAGCUUGUGUGUAGACAGUGGAGAUCCUUCAUUGCUGAUGGAAGGUGUUGGAAAAAAUAUCUUCUGUCCAAAAAAGUCACUAGCAUUCCAAAUAUUUUCAGUUGGGCUGAAUAUUCUGGAGAUAGUGAGUCUGAAAGGCAUCACAAUAAACAAGACUGGAUGAAAAUCCACAAUUUUUAUCAGAAAUUAGAAGAUAACUGGCGAUCAGCUUCUUGCAGACAGCAGAAAAUAGUGGAUCAUCAAGUCAAGUACUUUUCCAUGAACACCAAGAAAAUAUUCACUGCCAAUUACAUGGGGAGUCAUUGUGUUCUACAAACCUGGAACAGAAAAUCUCUUCAUUGCGAAAGGAAUUUCACAGACGGAGACAAACUUAAAAUAGUCAGCAUGGAUUGUGACGAUGAUUUCCUUGUCACAAUGUCAAUCGCUUGGUUUAAUCGCCCCGGUAUACCUUGCGUAUCUACCAUCUUAGUUCGUGAAUUACAAUCUGGAGAAGUGAUAAAAAGGAUUAUGGGCAAUUAUUCGCGUUCAUGUGGAUAUGAAACGUCUUUCAAGAUCUGCGUUGGCCAUGGAUUGCUCAUCAGUCAUCAGGUUGUCGGUGAACAGCCAAACGGUCGUCUGAUACUCCAGGAGGAUGUUCUUAAAUCUCGUCUGGAUUUAUGGCGAAUGGCGAAUGUACGGGAAAUUGAAGCUAAAAGCACUGUGUGUCUUGUUCCCAUUUCCAAAUUGAAUGUGCUCUAUCCAGUUCGCAUUGGCCAUGACGAAAAUUACAUCGUCGUUCACCGCAGCGAUCCGCCUCGUUUUGAAAUCAUAUCGACGUCUUCUCUGAACCUCACCAGGACCAUCGACGCUUUCGAUUACUGUCCCAGUGUUCAUUAUAAGGACGGAUUAAUUGUGUCGAGUUCCGACCACAUGGACACUCACACACGCACCUGCUGCAUCAUCAGGAUAUGGGACGCGGAAACGGGUUUGUGCUUGCGGGAAAUUCAAGAACCUGAGCCCGAACGAUAUUCAAAUUUGAAUCAUCUAGUUGGAUUCACCACCAAUUAUCUAAUCACUGUACCGGCCGACCUGUCAAUGUUGAAAGGAGUGAUCAAAAUCCAAGAUCUCAGCGUUGCCAUAGACUUGCACAGCAAUCAGACUUCCGCAUCGACUGUCGUUGCAACUCUUGAACUGGAUUGGAGUAACUCGUGGUUCGAUCGUUUCAUAGUUGACGAUUUCCAGCUCGUUUAUUUUCAUGAUCAAGAACUUGUCGUGCACAGUUUUGCUCCAGAGGUUUAACGAGUGGAUUGCAGCGUUCCUAAAAUACCCUUCAAAUGUUACUUAUUUGGCGGUCUUUGACUUAAGCUUUUUUUUUUUAAUUUUUCGUAUUGCUGAAUCCGGAUUAGAAAUCUCUGGGCUAUAGUUUCGCCCUCGUAUUUCCUCGUAUUUCGGUUUGAAUAAGUGAAUAACAUUUGUAAUAUUCGAAAGACAGUUAGGCUAAUUUAGAUAUUGUGUGGUCCAUUUCUUGCUAUUCAGAGACUUUGAAACACAACUGGGUAAUAGUGUACAUUUAUUGAGUGAUCUAUUCAAUAGGUUGCAAGUGGAAUAACGUUCAUCGAUUGUCUAAUUAUGUAUCAAAGUGAAUGUCCCCAAUAAUUCAGAUGCGAUUAAACUUUAAAACAGUUA